AGCCACCCCAAGCAGAAGUGUACUGGAGAGGUGGGGCACUAAUAUAAUUGAUUGAUUGAUUGAUUGAUUGAUGCCAGAGAGGAAACCUGAGAACAUGGCUGGACUUCCAUUCAACCCCCAAAGAGACUUCCAGUGGCCAAACAGACUUGAAAUGGACUCUGCGGAACUUGGGUCUGGUCUCCCCUUCUGAACGUCUAAGGGAAGAAGAUGGAUGGUUUGAUGGAUGGUUUGAUAUCGGUAGAGAGCCUGUGUGAAGAUGGCCAUGACAUCAUCUUGCAUCAUCACGACCCGCUUCCGACAUUCUUCUGGCCCCCACCCCACCAGCUGCAGGUUGCCAUAGGGACCGCGAUAAACAAUGACGCAUCAUCGGGCUUCAGUUGCCCACUCCCUAACCGACUUUCCAGCGGUUAAAGAGUACUGACAGCAGGCUCUUCUCAUUGGAGAGAUUGCCUGGUCUGCUCUCGCCAGAGAGAUCAUCUUCUUGUCCUUCUUGUUGUUGUUUUUGUUGUCCAGUGGACUUCUUUAGACGUUGACAGUCAUCAUGGCAGAUGAGUCGACUGAAAAGAGGCCGUCUGCUGGCUCCGCCUGUACGAGCGCGAGCUCGGCCGGGGAAGGAGGCGGUUCGCCCAGCAGCUUCCUCGAGACACCGACGCCGACCAUUGGUUCCACCUCCAUGUGGUCCUCUGUCUCUGACCUCUCCCUUCAGUCCAUCGAAGGGAGGGACAGCAGGGACCACAGAGACCCAGCAGAGGGAGAUCUGCGGAAGCCGCAGCGGGAGCACCAGUGGCCUGGCUCGCUGGCGGCAUCCCCAUACCAUCUCCCCAGACCCUUCUUUGGGCCGCUGGCCCCCAGCCGUCCCACUGCGGGCCCCAUGGCCCAAUUCUUUGGCCAUCCAUCCUUUGGCCAGCUGCGACCUCCAGAGCCGGAAGAGUUCCCACCAUUCUUGCAUAGGGUGAGGGAGGCUCCUGGCUACAGACAUGCCACGCUUGCCCCCAUCCCUCCUGCGGAGACAACAUCUCUGGCCCAGCUUGCCCCCAUCCCUCCUGCUGCAAGAACAUCUCUGGCCCAGCCGGCCAGGGCGGACCCGGCGCGCAAAAGGAAUCUGGUCCUGCUGGCCCACCGGCUGCAAUCAGAAGGCAGCAGCACCACCGCUGCCGCUGGGGGGUUCCGCCCAGCCCCACCGGAUCAGCCCAGGAGCGGCAAGCCGACGGACAUUCGCCGUGCGUCCAGAGUCUUGAUUCCUGCCACUGAGCAGACACUGGCCAUCCAAAUCAAAGAGCCUGCAACUCAGAAGGCAGAAGGCUUCAGCACCGGUGCUGCACGAAGAAUGAAGAUCCCAGAGUUGGGACCACACAGAGCAGGGACCCAGGAGCGCCACCCACCAUCUCCUCCCCAGCUGAAGGGUCGAGGAAUGGCCAAGGGAGGAACAGCCCCGCAGUUGCUUCCGGAAUUCCUCUUCCCGCCUCCUCCACCAGAGCCAACCAAAGUGCUCUCCAAGGGAACGGCUUCCCACCUGGUAGCCCCAGGAGACAAGAACACCCAAUGCGCCAAGCCAAGGCUGCAGCUCUUUGACUUUUUGCCGCCCAUCUCCUCUGCACCCAAAAAGGCCAAGGACCGCACAUAUGGGGAGUUGGUGGGCAGGAAACUCCCUGCAGAGAACAUUGCAAAGAGGGCAAGGGCAGCAGGGGCAGAGAGCGUGCCAGCACCCAAGGUUCCACGGGGAAGCCCAAAGGCUGAGCGGGAGGCGAGAUCUGGAGAGACGGCCAAAGCACCCCUGGACCAGAAGGAAGGGAGAACUGCACAGAAGAUCCCCACUUGCCAUCUGGAGCUGGCCGUCCAACCCCAUCAGCCGAUGAAACCUGCAGGUAGCAUGCCAGGCCAGAAGCUGUUGAAAAUGCCUCAGGUCCUGCCAGGAAGGGGGAAAGCACGGCUGCUACCACCUGAAGCCGAAGCAGGGAACACCAAGAGGAAGAAAGUGGGGGCAGAGUCCAGUGGAUCCGCCCAGGCUGUGCCCCCGACUCCGAGGAGCAGCCUGGCCAGAAUGAUGCGGGACUCCGUGCAGGUGUUCCAUGCCCUGGGCCCCCCGGCAGAGUCCAAGAGUGCAGAGGGACAUCCCGGGCAGAGCGUGCCCCAAAAGACACCAGCGAUGUCCAUGGGAAGGCCACCAUCCGGAAGCACAGCUGAGCCACCACCAAGGCCUUUGGCAGCCCUGCCAAGCAGACCAGCGGGGAAGGCACCGCCCAGCUCCAUGGCCAGGCCAGCAGCCAUGCCGAUGGCCAACCUCCCCCCUAGCUCCCUGGCCCACCCACAAUCAACGCCAGUGUGGAGGCCGCCGGGAUCCCGUCCCUUCAUGCUCCGGCCCUCCUCCCUGGCGCAGGCAAAUAGCUUGCGGAUGCAUGGUCUUGCUGGGAGGACCUUUGGCCAGCCCCCGCCGGCCCCUCAACCACAGCCACAGCCUUGGGGUCCCACACCAACCCACCGACCCGUCCUCCCUGCCCACCAAGCCUCCACGGAGCAUCCGGUCCUUCCACCUGGUCCCCAGCGCACGACAGGAGAGCAGGAGUUUAAGGGGGACACGUUCAUCCCUUGGAGGACGCCCCCGGCCCACCUGGAAGUCUCCCGGCCCAUGACGGAGGAGCAACGGCCCGUCCGGGAGCUGAUGCGGCGGCGGGCUCAAAGAGCGAGGGAAGAGGCGGCUCAGUGGACAUCAGCCGGCCGGAGGCAGUAUUUCGUGGAGCGGGAGGAGGAAAUGGACAUCUCCCUUCAGUAUGGCUACCCCUGGCUCCACUGAGAGGUCCUUUUGCGAAGAGCCAGACAAGUUGCCCCCAAGAAAGAGAAGCAAGCCACACGGAAUGCCCCUCCCCUUGGCCUCCUGCGGAGGGGAGGGAGUUUGUCCCAGCCACGCUCCGCAGGAGGCCCCAAAGGCACCUGAUUGGCCCGUUCAGUUCUGGGGGCGGGGGGCGGGGUGUGCCCGAGGAUGGGAAGAGUGGUGUAUUUGGGUGGGUAGCAUCGACCUGCCGAGCGGCGGCUUCCCCGGACAUCGGCGGUCAUUUUAGCGGCCUGAGGGGGCAUAGGCCUGCGGCUGGAGUGCGGCGGCAUCGGCCCCGGGGCGGCAUCUUCGGGGCUUGGGGCCCUUGGUUUGUCCGGGUUGGGCCUUCCUGGCCUGGGGCGUAUUGGGCAGCCUAACUGGGCGGGACUGGUGGUUGCUCUGAUUGGUGGCACUUAUUUGGGGCCCUGCAGCUCCCUGCGGUUGGGUGAGGGUGUUGGUUGGCCUUGGGGUUACUGGCAUUUUUCGUGUCCCUCUUCUCUUCCGUUGGCUUCUUUGGGGGGUCGGAGUGGGGGUCUCUCAGGAGGGCAGCGAGUGGCUCUCUGGGCGCUCUUCUCUCCACGCCCGUCGUGUUCUUUUGCCCGUGGGGUUUUCGGGGUUGUUCUUGGUGGCAUUGGGGGUUGGUUAUUCUGGGCCCCUGCAAUUCGCCCACAUGCCUAGGAAAGCCAAGGAGAAAACCGGUGGUCAGCCUAUCAGGGGGCCAAGCGGCCUGCACCUCCAGCUUCUUCCUCUGAUGAGGAUGAUGAGGAGAUGGUUCUAAUUAGGGGCCUGAUCAACAGAAUGGAAGCUCUGGAGAAGGCCAAGGCUUCCAUUCUGUUGGAAGCAAGGGGGCUGGCCCGUCUGGAGCGCCGAAGGAAGUUCCUCGACGCACGCGUGGUGCUGCUGGAACACAGUUACGAAAAUCUCUCUCUGACAGGUUAGGAGCUCUUGAAAAGGGCGAGGGCCCGCCCGGCCCAGCACUGCCUGCAGAGCCGGCUGAUCCUGUGUUGCCAGUGCCUGGCGUUCCUGUUCCUGCGAUGCCUUCUCCUGCGGUUCCGGAAUCCCCGCUGCCAUCGGAUCAACCCCCUGUGGAUCCAUCUUUGCCUCCGUCCCCGGGUGCUGGCGGAGCGGCGGCUCCUGUUCCGGUCCUGGUUUGCCCCCAUUCGUCGGUCUUUGGGGCCUUCAAGAGGGCCAGCUCCUCCCAUUGGGGCACCCAGUUGGGUUUUGGAACGCAUGCUUCAGUUUCUUGGUUGGGUAGGAGGUGCAUGUUAUGGAGCCAGUCGCUCCCUGCCAUUUGGGAUGAUUGAGCUAGGUUCCCUGGGCCUGAUGUCAUUGUGGUUCACUUGGGGGGAAACGAUUUGGGUGGGCGGGCUGGUCUCUCUCUUUUUAUUAUUACUAUUUCCCCGCCCCAGCUCUUCCGUUUGGGCCGAGCAUCCCCCCCCUUCCCUGGAGCAGAGCGGGUCUAGUGACUGGUCGCCCUUCUGGGGCCGAGUAGGAAUUUUUGGCUCUCAACGCAUUGGCCACUGUUGGGAGUUUUUUCGCCUACUCCGUUCUGCGUUGGGGGUUUGAGUUAGAAUUAGGCUGGUCACACGGUUAUUAUGGGUUAUUAUGGCUUAUUAUGGCUUAUUAUUGUUAUUGGUGAAUAAAGUUGUGGCCCUUUUCACCCAAA